UCACUUUUCUGCGUCUCGUGCCGUCCGCUGCUCAUGUGUGCGCGUGAGAGAGAGAGAGAGAGAGAGAGAGAGAGAGAGUUACAACUUUCUCACUCUGAGUUAUUUUUCGGGUUGUUUUUACUGAGCGGAGUGUGAGAGAGAGAGUGUGUGUGUGAGAGAGUGUGAGAGAGAGUGUGUGUGUGAGAGAGUGUUUGAGAGAGUGUGUGUGUGUGUGAGAGUGUGAGAGAGAGUGUGUGUGUGUGAGAGAGUGUGAGAGAGUGUGUAAGAGUGUGUGUGAGAGAGUGCAUGUGUGUGAGUGCGUGUAAGAGUGUGUGUGUGUGAGUGUGUGUGUGUGUGUGUGUGUGAAGGGAUUUUUUUCUUUCUUCUCUGAGGACUGCAGCAGGAGGAAAUGUCGGGUGGAUUUGCGCUCGCGCGUCUCCGGUAACACGGGUUCAGUGUGCGACUCCCGGAGCGCGCGCUGCAGCAACACACGGGGAAUACAGCUUUAAAGAAGACACGGACUCUCCCUCUCUAUCACACACACACUCUCACACACACACUCUCACACACACACACUCUCACACACACAUGCACUUUUUUGUGUGUUUUUCUCUCCGCUAUUUUGGAUUUACAGCUUUAAUGUCGGAUAUUUAAAGUUUCUCGGUCCGACCGGCGGCGCGCGCGGGAAGUGUGUGUGUGUGUGUGUGGAGCUGCUGUAAUUGACUAGUGAAGAGUUGAGGUGUGUGAGGAGUGUGUACCGGAGAGAUGGAGCGCGUGCACUCGGUGUGGACGGUGUGUGUGUGUUUGGCCUUCAUCAGCCUCAGCAGCUGGAGUUCAGCAGAAGAAGAAGUUGUGAUGAAUACAAAGUCAGAAACAUCUGAUCUCAGAUGGACCAUCUACCCUGCAACUGAUCCUGAGUGGGAGGAGAUGAGUGGUCUGGAUGAAGAAGGGAACAGUGUGAGGACGUUUCAGAUCUGUCCGUCAGACGGCGGCUCGGCGUCUCAUUGGCUGAGGACGCGUUUGAUCCCAGUGGGCGGAGCCUCUCAGCUCUACGUGGAGAUUCGUUUCACCAUCAUGGAGUGUGGCUCGCUGCGCGCACACUCACACACACACACCUGCAAGGAGACCUUCAACGUCUACUACUACCAGAGCGACGAUGACUCAGGCACGCUCACACACCCUGCCUGGAUGGAGAACCCAUACACCAAGGUGGACACGGUGGCGGCCGACUUCCUGUUGCGUCGUGGCGGUGAGAGGAAGUGGAACGUGAAGACACUACGUGUUGGUCCGAUCACUAAAGCGGGGGUUUAUUUAGCGUUCCAGGCUCAGGGCGUGUGCAUGGCGCUGCUAGCCGUGCGUGUUUACUUUAAAAAAUGCCCCUCCCUUGUUCGCAAUUUCUCCGCCUUCCCUGAGACUCUUCCUCAUUCGCUGGUGCAGCAGGCUGAGGGCGAGUGUGUGGAGAACUCCGCCCCCUCGGGUCCUGAUGCCCGCCAACCCACCAUGCUGUGUGGAGAGGACGGGCAGUGGGUGGAGCCUGCUUCAACUUCCUGUGCGUGUAAAGCUGGAUACGAGCCCGUGGACACGGACCGCUGCCGAGCGUGUGGACGGGGUCAGUACAAGGCGUCGAUGGGAGCGAGUGUGUGUCGUGUGUGUCCGAUAAACAGUAACACACACUCUCCUGGAGCCGCUGUGUGUUCCUGUCGCCCCGGUUACUACAGAGCACCGACUGACACGCCUGACAUGGCCUGUACCAGCCCCCCCUCUGCACCUCGGAACAUUGUCCCGCAGGUGAAUGAUACGAUGGUGGUGUUGGAGUGGAGUGAGCCUGUGGAGCGCGGUGGACGCUCGGACCUGUCGUACGCCGUGGAGUGUGUGCGCUGCGGUGCGAGUGCCAGCGCGAGUGUGUGUGUGCCGUGUGCAGAGAGUGUGCUGUAUCGGCCCACGCAGACAGGACUGACGGGGCGGAGAGUGGUGAUCCACGGCCUGCAACCACACACACGCUACACCUUCACCAUCAUCGCCAUCAACGGAGUGACAGCCGUCAGCAGCACACACACUGCGUCAGCUAGCAUCAACAUCACCACCAGCAGCUACGUCCUCGUCCCAGUCUCAGGAAUCAGGAAAACGAAGGCAUCUGAGACGAGUCUGAGUCUGAGCUGGAGCGUCCCGGAACACACACUUCACACCAUCACUGAGUUCCAGCUACGCUACUGUCUACAGGGUGAGGACGAGGCAUGGCAGUACGUCAGCAGUAAGCAGAACUCGGUGGUUCUGUCGAAUUUGUCUCGCUCGUCUCAGUACAAAGUUCAGGUCCGAGCCAGAACCAGCGCCGGAUACGGACAGUUCAGCAGCCUGACUACAGUCAGAACACUGCCCGAUGAUGCAGAGUCUCACACUCGCAUGAUAGUGACUGGCGUUCUGGUUGCUAUGGGGCUCCUCAUCCUCAUCGCCGUAGUAACUGUUGCCGUAUUUUGUUUCCGGUAAGAUUUCAAGUUGAAAGAGAAUCAAC